GGUUUUUGGCUCCAAAAGAAAAAGAGUGAAAACUGGAAGUGAAAGGCAGAGGGAAGAGGAUUUGUGUUAGAAGCUGGAAAGAGAGGGAGAUGGGAAGAGUUGAAUCUUGUUUUUGAAAACAAAGGGAGGUGAAUUUGUGACUGAGGCAAACAGUUUCAUCCUUCUUGAGUGGCAAGAGGCUGUGAGAAGGGAGAUGGGUAAUCCGCAGAACACGAGGGCAGGCGACGACCUUCAUGCCUCCGCAAGAUCCGGUGACCUCAACGCUGUUCAGUCAAUUUUGAGGAUAAACCCUUUGGCUGUCAAUUCCAGAGAUAGGCACUCUCGAACACCACUUCAUUUAGCAGCAUGGUCUGGGCAAGCAGAGGUUGUCAACUAUCUCUGCAAGAACAAGGCUGAUGUUGGUGCUGCUGCCAUGGAUGACAUGGGAGCAUUACACUUCGCUGCACAAAAGGGACAUUUAGACAUUGUACGGGCCCUACUUUCAGCUGGGGCCUCUGUCAAAGCAUCCACUCGCAAAGGCAUGACCGCGCUUCAUUAUGCCGCCCAAGGGUCCCAUCUUGAACUUGUCAAGUAUUUGGUGAAGAAAGGGGCAAACCUUGGUUCCAAGACAAGGGUUGGAAAGACCCCUUUGGAUCUUGCUGCCACCGAAGAAAUCCGUUCGUUUCUGGAGGAACGUGAAAGGCUGGGCAAGAAUGGAGAAUCAAGCAAGAAAGAGAAAGCCGAAGGUGGUGAUUUGAAACCGUCCACGUCUGGACCUGAAGAUCAUUCUGGUGCAGAAUCUCCUGGUCCUGUCGUUGACGAAGAAAACAAUGAUGGAAUUAAGAGGAAGGGUGAUGAAGAUGGUGCGAGAGAAGUCUCCCCACAGCCAAAAAAGGCAAGGGUUAAGCUAAGCCAUCUUCAAAGUUCGGAUGAUGCCCAAGAAGAGGAGCUGUAGGUUGGCAGAAGCAUGUGAGAGUGGAAUCUUUGCCCUGUAAUGGCAUAAUAUCUGGAGUUCCUUUAUACUAGGUUGAUAGGUUUGACUAUCUAUUGUCUUUCUCAAUUUUGCCAUCUUUUCUUUCUGAUAUUAAAUCAUUCAUAUAUUUCAUCUCGUUGAUUUAUAUAUUAGAUAUGAUAUGGCCAGUUAUUCAUA